GUCACAUUUGAAAAAUAAAAAUAUACGUACAUACAUAUAUCACAUUUUUGGCUCCAAUAAAUUUCCUGUCUUAGCGCCUUUAGAACCCCCACACAUUCAGCACAAUGAGUAAGCUAAUGAGUAAGAUAUGGACUCAAUUCAGGGGUGGCUGCAUACUUCGGGGAAAUUUGAUCAAAUUCAACAACAAUAUUACCAGUCAAAUUGAAACGGAUCUGAAAUUCGAAAACCUGAUAACGGAACGGCAGCAACUGGUAUCACUCACCCACAUGCUAUCCAAAAAGGUCAAAGGACUGGAGGGCAUGGUCUGCGACCUGACGCGUGCCAUUAAACGCAUGGAGUUUGAUAGGAAUAUGGAUCUUGAAAAGAAAGCGAAUGUAAAAAGAGCACCAGCCGAGCAACCGACUGAGGCCAGCCCCACCCCGCCACCUGCUCCAUCAGACAAGAAAAAAAUCACCCAGUGUCGGUGAUUUCAGUUGGCUGCAAAAAUCCCCCCGUGUGCUUCACAGUAUCAACGACUAUCAACAGAGCAGAGUGUCUCCCGGCCCUAUAAAAACACUCAUCCCGAGACUGAGAUUGUCAUUCAGAAAGCAAAAGAUUACAAACGAUGAAGCUGUUCGCACUGUGUUGUCUGCUGUUCGCUCUACUGGGAUGCCUGGUCGCUCCAAGCAAUGGCUCGCCAUCUCGUAACAGUGGACCGGCUCCCGGAGGAGCUGGGAAUCCUUUUAGGCAGCCGCCCGCACCACGUCCUUUCAUCUAUGACUCGCCGAUACCAAGACAAGGUCAACCCAAGACUAUGUACACUUAGAUCAACAAAUGUGACUUAAUAAAUUGACUAAACAUAAAGACAGAA